UUUUAAUGUGUAUAAAUAAUAAAUUCACUCAUCUGUUUUAUUUAUAUUAUUGAAUCCACAUUAAGUUGAGCUAAUAAAUUCUAUAUUAUAGUAUUUUUCAUCCAGUGUAUUAAAAUCUUCCUCGAAUCUUGUAAAAUAAUUAAUUAUAAAUAAAAAGAUGAGUGACACAAAUAUUGAGCAGUGGAAAAUAAAGCGGUUGAUCCAAAAAUUGGAAUCUGCAAAAGGAAACGGGACUAGUAUGAUCAGUUUAAUUAUCAGACCUAAGGAUGAUGUGAACAGGAUUAGUAAGAUGUUAUCAGAUGAGUACGGCACAGCCUCAAAUAUUAAAUCUCGAGUUAAUCGCUUAUCGGUGUUAUCAGCAAUCACAUCCACAAUGCAACGUCUAAAGCUCUAUAGAAAUACACCACCUAACGGACUCGUUGUUUACUGUGGGACAGUGAUAACAGAUGACGGUAAAGAGAAGAAAGUCUCAAUAGACUUCGAACCCUUUAAACCCAUUAACACAUCGCUGUAUCUCUGUGACAAUAAAUUCCACGUUGAGAGUUUAAACGAACUUCUGGAAAGUGACGAUAAAUUCGGCUUUAUUGUUAUGGACGGUAACGGUGCACUGUACGGUACCAUACAAGGCUCAACCAAAGAGGUUCUUCACAGUUUUACGGUAGAUUUACCGAAAAAGCAUGGAAGAGGGGGUCAAUCUGCACUCCGUUUUGCUCGUCUAAGAAUGGAGAAAAGACACAACUAUAUCAGAAAAGUCGCUGAAACUGCAGUCAACAUGUUCAUAACAAACGACAAAGUUAAUGUGACUGGACUAAUUUUAGCAGGCAACGCUGAUUUUAAAAACGACUUGGCCAACAGUGACAUUUUUGACCAAAGGCUAUCCUCAAAGGUUUUGAAGAUAGUUGACGUCUGUUACGGCGGCGAAAACGGCUUUCAACAAGCAAUUGAGUUAUCAUCGGAGUGUUUAUCGAAUGUUAAAUUCAUACACGAGAAGAAACUAAUCAAGAGGUUUUUCGACGAGAUUGCCCACGACACAGGCAAAUAUGUCUAUGGUGUUUAUGACACUGUUAAUGCUCUGGAAAAUGGAAUGAUUGAGGUCCUAAUUAUUUACGAACAGCUGGAGAUAAUGAGGGUCCUCGUCAAGAACCCCUCAACAAACACAGAGUCUGUACUGUUACUCAACCACGAGCAGGAGCGAGAUGAAGCGAACUUUAAGGACAACAACGUUGAUUUGGAGGUUUUGGAUAAAAUACCCCUGAUUGAGUGGAUUAUCAAUAACUACCACAAUUACGGCUCAACACUAGACUUUGUAACUAACAAGUCUCAGGAGGGGUCUCAAUUUCAAAGUGGCUUUGGUGGAAUUGGCGGCAUCCUUAGAUACAAACUAGAAGCUGGUUAUGAAACCAACGAUGAAAACGAAGAUGACGAUGACGAUAGUUUUAUGUAAACUUAAUAUUUCCCUUAAAU